AUGAUUUGGUUUGAUUUCACAAGUGGAGUACCGAGUGAUGAAAUGAAGGAGGAGAGAACUGUGGGAGCUUGUCAUUUUAAGCAUGUCCAAAAAAUCAGUCAAAAAGAUGUAGAAAUCGAUCAAUUUAACAUUUUCUACCUAGAUGUUCAGAAAGGAAUGGCUGAAUUAUCGAAACACCUUGUUUAUAUUUUCCCAGGACCGAUUCAAACGGAAUUUUCUGUUAUUUUCAGUCAAAAGUUUGGAGAACUUUUUGCUUAUGAGCAUAUGCAACAGUUGGAAACAUUGAGGAUUGUCGGGGGAAUCAUGUUGAAAAAUCUCUUGGAACAAGUAUUCGGAAAUCUGAAAAUCCAGAAAAAACUGGUAGUGGAACCAGACACUGAUGAUGAAUAUGUUAUUGAACAGGCCUUCCAAAUCGACGAAUUGUUUCUUGCAAACGCUCGAUCCUGGACUCAAGACCAUCUUCUUCGAAUGGAAUGUCGUAUUGCUCAUCUCUACGAUCACUUCUUCGGAUAUGAUGAGAUUCGAUCCUUUGCUGAAAACUGGCUGUUGUCCCUCAAUUUGAGAACGGAGCGUGUCUGCUUUGGGUGGAGAAAUCGGUCAACUGUUCUCGAGUUUGAUGACCUCAGAACUAAGAAAUGGGACAGAACUCAAAGAGAACGGAAGUAUUUGUACUACGAGAAGAAUGAAUUACAUCGAGUUGACUGUACAAAUGGAUUGGAUAUUCAGAGACAUGAUGGAGAACUCGCAACACUUGUCUAUUGGGGAAGAUCCAUCUAUUUUCUCGUUUGGAAUGAACGAUUUCCGGAGAAAAAGAGGUUGAGCCAACUGCCUGAGAAACUCGCAUCUCAUUACAAAAAACUAGAAGAAUUGAAUCGAGAAUACACGGAUUCAAGUUCUUUGGAACGUCUUCUUUCGAAUUCUUCAUUGAGAUACGAUGAAUUCGUGGAUACUUAUAAAGUUCUUCGUGGAAUGGAUGCAGAAGUCAGAUUGUCGUCGGUCGGCAGGUCGUUGAGAAGAAGAGUUUUCGAUCAAAUGUAUGAAAUCAUCGAUUAUCAGGAUUAUCUGGAAAUCGGUUAA